AUGUUUGAGCAAGGGAAUGCUCUCAUAAUCAGAAGAGAUAAGAGUUCUGCUUCCCUAUCGACAUCUCCAAUAUUAUUGGUAUGCAAUUUAUUCAUGAUAGUUGCAUCCUGUUGUCUUGACCCUCAUUGGUUUCCUCAAGUUCUUGGAAGCCAAUGCAGAAGGGUCUUGCUAUCCAGGCACACAUCUUCGAUGCAACUUGGAUGUUCUGGUUCAUAUGACUUGAGAGGAGUUAGACAUAGACUACUCCAUAGAGAUAGCUACCGGGUUCACCUUUUUCUUAUCACGUACGAGACAAUCUUAGUCAAUGAAUAA